AUCUAGGUCACGUUGAAGCCCUCUUUUUAUACAUCUGCAUUCAUCAUCCUUCUCCGUCUCGUCGCUGAAAGAAGAAGAAAAUGGUUCAGAGGCUUACCUACCGCAGGCGCCACAGCUAUGCCACCAAAUCCAACCAACACAGGGUUGUCAAAACACCCGGUGGUAAGCUUGUUUAUCAGACAACCAAGAAGAGAGCUAGUGGACCUAAAUGCCCUGUUACUGGAAAGAGGAUUCAAGGGAUUCCACAUCUAAGACCCACUGAGUACAAGAGAUCUAGGUUACCUAGAAACAGGAGGACUGUGAAUCGUGCCUAUGGUGGAGUUUUAUCUGGAGGUGCUGUUAGAGAAAGAAUCAUCCGUGCUUUCUUGGUUGAAGAGCAAAAGAUCGUCAAGAAAGUCUUGAAGAUCCAAAAGACAAAGGAAAAGCAAGCUUUGAAGGGUUAAGUUUCAUUAAACGAGAUAAAGAUCUUUUUGGAGGAGUUUUAGGUUUGAGUGAUUAUAGUAAAAGCACAAAAUUUAUUAGAGCUGUUCUCUUGUUAGUUUUGUGCUUGUUUGGCUUCUUUGAACUCAUUCUAGUGCAACUGUUAGCUAUCCAUUGUGAUACAGUUUUGUUUGUCUCAAUUUUCUCUUGUUUUACUUUUCAUGUUUUUCUCUAAAUAUAUGUUCGUACUUAUAAUAUUAUUGCAUUAACAUAUCUUCCAUUCUUUACUGCAA